UGUUACUUGAGACCAAGAGUCAGGAGGAGAACACCCUUACUCUGGUGAAGAACAGCGCCACCGUCAGGACGAUUCGGAGGGCGCCCUCAAAACACCAACUGGAGCAGCAACGCCGGGGAAGGAGUUGGUCGUAGGAAUAGUCACCACCAGGGAUGUCAGACAUCAGCGUGGACGGGUGCCCGAUAUGGGCACCAUUUGUGGGCUUCACAGGGGUGAUGUUCGCGCUCGUCUUCGCAAACGGCGGUGCGGCGUACGGGACUGCCAAGGCAGGGAUGGGUAUCGGGGCGAUGGGCGUCAUGCACCCUCAGCUGGUGAUGCGGAACAUCAUCCCGGUGGUCAUGGCGGGUGUUUUGGGAAUCUACGGCCUCAUCGUAUCGGUCAUCUUGCUCGGAUCAAUCUCGGCCCCUCAGAGCGGGGUCACGGUCUACUCGGCGUUCACAAGCUUCGCACACCUAGCAGCCGGGAUGGCGUGCGGGUUGAGCGGGCUCGCGGCGGGCAUGGCGAUCGGGAUAGUGGGCGACGCGGGCGUGAGGGCUGUCGGACAGCAAGAGAAGCUCUUCGUGGGCAUGAUCCUCAUCCUCAUCUUCGCGGAAGCCCUGGGCCUCUACGGGCUUAUCGUUGCGCUCAUCCUCUCCCAGCAAACGUACACGUGCGACUAGCCCGGCGAUCGAUUGGCAGAUAGAUGUAAGACGAGGUGCCAACCAUUCGGCUAACUAUUCUCCGCCGGAGGGAGAGAGCUCUUGGUGUUCCACUAUGUGUAGGUUUUAUGACUGGGUAUCGUGGCUGCUGUUGUUCGUUCGCUUCUUUGCGAAGCGAUUGGCUGCCUUAAUUUUAUUUUGUAUUCUUGGCGCCGUUUAGCGGGGGUGCGAGAAACAGGUGGGUUUAUCGGGUAGGUGGGGGGUCAUUUUGACCGUGGGGGGCCGUGUCGUCGGCGACGUUCUUCCUGUUCGAAGGCAAAGGGAAUUGGGGGCACACUCAUUAAUUGCGGAGGUUGGGGCGUUUUUCUCAGCGACAUCUCCAAUUCAAGCCGAAAAAAAAGGAUGGUGUCGUGCGUUCGCCGGGAGAAGCUUGCAGUACUGUAGGCUCCCAGGUUUACCGGUUUUCUGAACGCAGAUUCCCUUUUUUUGAGUACUGGGAGUACUUCUUUUGCUCCAGCCGGGGCUACCGGUGCAGCACUACAUGCAGUUCUGUCACGUGCGCAGAAUUUCCUUGCUGGAAGGUUGUCGUCCAAGCAGGCUACCUUCGCCCCGGACGAGAAUACGUGACGGGGUCGAGAACAUGGUUUGACAUCAUCAGGGGGUGUCGUCUUUUGCUUCGCUCGCGCUUUGCCCGUAUUUCAUACCUGAACAGUAACGAAACAUCCUCUGCCAUCCUGUUUUGCCGCCUAUAAGCCACACGUGUAAUGGGGUGCGGUGCCGCAACAGCUGAAAUACGUUUUGGUGUUGUGUGCCGCCGCCUACGGGUUGUUUUCUGAAAUCGCUUGUUUGAGCUUUUCGUCUCUCCUAAAUGGUGUUGCACGUUCAACGGCAGCAGUAAACGAACAUACUCCUUCUGCUGGAGUGGUUGUUCAUGCCGGGCUUCAAAGGGUCUAAUUUAGGGGCUCGGAGUUGGAAUAUCCUCGACAAUGCGGCACGGUGUUUGAAUUUUUCACUCGAGAAGUCCUCACUCGUCAACUUUUUUGUCGUGGCGAUAGUUUCACAGGCUUGGGCGAGUUGGGUUGUAAUUGAAACACAGGGCUCCCACAACAAAAACGAGACACGUAUGUU